AAAGAUUUCUAAAAGAAGUCCAAAUAAAAUAAUUUGCAAAACAAUUUCCAAAUAAAUUUCCGGGAAUACUCCCUGAGGAAUUACCGGAACAAUGUUUUUCCGAAAACACAAAUUUCUUAUUUUAUAUUAUAACAUAGAAUCAGAAUCCCGAAGAGAAAAAUCGAAUGUUGUGGUCAAACCAAAAAUGCAAAUAUGUAUCCUGAUUUCAUAGCUUCAAUAAUUUAUAACUCAUAUAAUGCACAAAGCUUAUUCAGCUUAUUAGACGCAGUGGCUUAAUUUCCACAACAGGAGAGGAAAAAAAGACGCUAACAAUUGUUCUUUAAAACUAUUUUAUAAGGGUUGUUAUCAUGCAAUAAACAAAAGGGAUGUCACGAUGAAUACAAGUAACACGCAAAUUUAUGGAUAUUUUAUAGUUUAAGAGAUUUACACUUCUAAUAAUUGCUCUGAAAAUGUAUUCCUAAUCAAUGUAUUCAAUCCACAAAACAAAGGGGUGGUGAUGAUUGAAAAGCUCAAACUGAAUAUACAAAUUCCAUGUAUUAUACGUAACCAAGUUAUCAAGUUCUCAAACCUCACAUGGCGGGGAAAGUGUUAAGUUAGUACAACGGUUCGGAUUUUAAAAUGAAAAUGUCCUUUAAAAUAUAGCGCGUUUAAAUUUUCAGGCUAAUUUGUCCCGUGACGCAGUAUAUCAUUGUACUUAGAAAUUGAGGAUGGAUCGGUGUUUCUUUAUACAAAAAAAAAGCAAAAUAACCUGGAAGCCACUGAAACUGGCACCCCCAGGCACCCCCUAGGAAAAAAUCCUAGAUACGCCAAUGCCAGGAAAGCUGUUUUCGUCCAUGAUUCUCCAUAUUUCUGCGCGGUCGGUACUUUCGUAUGCCGCUUUGAAGUCGAUGAACAGGUGAUGCGUUGGGACCUGGUAUUCACGGCAUUUCUGGAGGAUUUACCGUACGGUGAAGAUAUGAUCCGUUGUCGACCGACCGUCGACCAAGCCGGCUUGCUAACUUCCCACGAACUCAUUCGUUUUAGGUGACAGACGACGGGAGAUGAUCUGGGAUAGCACCUUGUAGGCAGCAUUCAAAAUAGUCAACAGUUGACAAGCGCCCUUCAUUCGCGACAGACAUUCCUUCUCAACGCUCUCGUGCGUCAGUUUCUCUUUCUGUUGCGAAUAAAUUUUGCAUCGCUGCAAGAUGUCUUCGCACAGAAAAAAUACCCUAGUCGUGGACUUCGGCGUAUUACCGAAGCGACCCGGCUUACAACAAGUGGAAAAAUUCCUUAAGGAUUUCAUCAAAGUUGACCUGGCUGAUGUGAGGAACAUCCAGCUCCACAACAUCAAAAACUCUUUGUUCAUUGAGAUGAACGAUGCAGGCGUAGCCCCACGGCUCCAAAGGCAGCACCACCUCCAGCACUAUUUCACGAUCGAAGGAAUGAGAUAUUACAUUCCAGUAUACGUGGAUGGUCCCACUACUACUGUCCGAGUCCACGAUCUGCCACCUCAAAUGGACAACGAUGUUAUCUCCGACCAUUUGCAGCAGUACGGGAAAGUGAUCUCCAUACAAAAUGAAGUGUGGAAGAACUAUUUCUCGGGGAUACCGAACGGCGUGAGAAUUGUUCGUAUGCGGUUGGAUAAAGCAAUACCAUCGCAUAUUGUGGUAAACAGCCAUAGCACAUACGUUAGUUGUGCGAACAAAAGCAAUCAAACGACGGCUCGCGGCACCAAGAAGCAGCCACACACAACACCAUCCGACUUGGCUCAUGAACACGAUACCGACCAGAUCAACAACGACAUCGAAGACAACGAACUACCGUCCGCGGCGACUCAAAUUGAAAGCGACGAUGACCACAGCGACGACGAGAAUGCCAACAACAACGACCACGGAUGGAAGAACGAGAACGGUGGAACGACAGAAAGUACCGAUAAUGAUUCAGCGAAGCGGCGGUUGUCAACCGAGUCGAAUGGAACAAAGGAAGAAAAUACAGCAAAACGAUCAUGCAAUCAGUGCACCCAGAAAUCUGAUCCAGAAUGGAAAAUGAUCACAAGAUCGAAGAAAAAGUGACGUUGUAAAUAUUAAUAUUUUACGACACGAAUGCACCUUCGGUGUAAAGUGUCGCUAAUUAAAGU